UACUUAGAAUAGUGAGACUAGGACGCAGAUCCCCAGACCGAAAAGCCUGGGUAGACUAGAGCGCUUAACGUGCAUGCAGGAACAGUGGUUCACGACAAGCACUGUACACGAUCCCCCCCUUCAUUCUUGUCCGCUGGUGGAUGGUCUGGAAUAGCAUUUGAUUUACGUGGUUGAGUCUUUGUUCUUACCUUUGAAAAUAUGUGUAAACACGUUCUCAAUGCUCAGGUUGCGAUCCGGUCGCCAUGCUGCCGGAAAUGGUUCGAUUGCGCAGAAUGCCAUCAGGAACAGGAAACCCAUCCUCUAUUACAAUCGUUCGAUAUGACUUUCGCAUGCAAAAAGUGCAAGAAAUGUUUCCGCAAAGAUACGUCCGAGUUUGAGGAGAGUGACGAGUACUGCCCUCAUUGCGAUAAUCACUUUGUGAUAGACGCAAAAACGCCUCAAGCCUCGUUGCAGGUGGAAGGCGAUGAUGUCCGUAUGGAUUCAAGAAUGCUUAAGGACGACCGUGUGCGUGGAGAUGCGGAGAGAUCCAUUUUCAACCCCCGAGAUGCAGCAGAUCGAUUGGCCUAGAGUUCCCUGGAACCAUCACGACGACACGAAUGAUCCAUACGGGCCUGGUUGGUGCUACGGCGUUUUCAGGGCUCUCUCGCUACGUGCAUUAUUGAUCCCUGUCCGGACGAACAUAGAAGUAACGCAGGCGCCUACUGCCGCUGUACAGAGUUAUUGCAUGUAAACAGUUCA